UUUACGUACACAUAAUCUGGCUGGACUCUCAUUCGCUGGACGGUUAUACUUUCAUUUGUAUACCUGUACAUUUAUUUGUGUAUGUAUAUGCAGGAUUGCAGAACUGGAAUUGUCAUCUGUGAACCAAGCAAGCCCAAAAGGAUUACUGCCCUGGGCUGCUCAACAGGGGAACUUCAUGCUGUGACAAAAGUGCUGUUAAGGUUUCCUAAUGCCCUGAAAGGCUGUGAAGUUUACAUGUCUCGGAAACCUUGCAAUUAUUGUGCAAAAUUGCUGGUUCAAGCACAAGUCUCACAUGUGUAUUACUGGCCAAAUUUUGAAAUCAAAAUGGCAAACUCAAAGCAUAAUCUCGUAAAAUAUGCUAAUGCCAUCUUUACAGAAAGCAAUGUUGUUGCGGCGGUAUAUGUACCUACAAUAGCCAACCAAAGAAAGAUGGAAAUACUUCAUUCAAAUGAAAAAGCAUCUUCUAAUGAUAAUUUAGUUCCAGUUUCAUCUGUAUUUGAUAAGAAAACUAGUGGGGAUAUUUUAAAAGAAUUCAACUUGGAACACCUGAAGGAUGACCGACUGAAAAAAUACAAAAAAAAUCUUACUACAGCAAAGAACUGUUUUAAAUCUCUUGCAAGUUGCAAAGAUGAAAAAAUAAAAAUCUUAGAAGAGAAGGAAUCCACUGUAAAGAAUAAUCCUAAGUACACCCAUGCAUUACAGCUCUGUGAUUUGUUAGCAUCCAGAAGUGGUAAGUAA